AAAAACUCAUCCAUUUCAAUUUCUCUGUUAUGUUCUAUUCUUGUUCCGCUCUAGUUAUCUCAUCACUAGCUGAAACCAACCAAAACCCAAGUUUUGUUUUUGUUUUUCCUCUCGUUUGACGUGAUUGAUCCAUAGAUCUACUGAUUCUGGUUUUGAAGCUCGCAUGAAGCUUUUUCCUUUUCUGUUUCCAGAUCCUCCUUUCAGAGUUUAAAGUCAAAGUGGUCAAAUAAAGAAAAAAAGUGUUCCGGUAUCGCGUCGAGAAGCAAAGUAGGUAAGUCCUAGUUGUGUUCAGUGCUUAUUUACAUGUAGAGAAUUUGGAGGGUCUUUUGGAGGAGAUGAGGGAUGUUAUCUGGGUUUAUGAACUUCUUGAGAGCCUGUUUUCGGCCAAGGGCAGAUCGACACAUUCCCACAAGCUCAGAUGCUGGAGGUCGCCAAGAUGGGCUUUUGUGGUACAAGGACUCGGGGCAACACUUUAGUGGUGAGUUCUCGAUGGCAGUGGUUCAGGCCAACAAUUUACUUGAGGAUCAGAGCCAGCUUGAGUCUGGUUGUUUGAGUUCACAUGAGUGCGGUCCCUAUGUUACUUUUGUUGGUGUGUAUGACGGGCAUGGGGGGCCAGAGACUUCGCGUUACAUCAAUGAUCAUCUCUUUCAACAUCUUAAACGGUUCACAUCAGAGCAACAGAUGAUGUCAGCUGAUGUAAUACGAAAAGCGUAUCAAGCAACAGAAGAGGGUUUUUUGUCUCUUGUUACCAAACAGUGGCCUAUGAAACCACAAAUUGCAGCUGUUGGAUCCUGUUGCCUGACUGGUGUUAUCUGUGGUGGAACCCUUUAUGUCGCCAACCUCGGUGACUCACGUGCUGUUUUGGGUAGAGCUGUGAAAGCAACAGGAGAGGUUCUAGCCAUUCAGCUCUCAGCCGAGCAUAAUGCGUGCAUAGAGUCUGUGAGACAGGAGCUGCAAUCAUUGCACCCUGAUGACCCACAAAUUGUAGUCUUGAAGCACGAUGUGUGGCGUGUAAAAGGUAUCAUACAGAUUUCCAGAUCUAUUGGUGAUAUAUAUUUGAAAAAGGCCGAGUUCAACAGAGAGCCUUUAUAUCCUAAAUUCCGCCUCCGCGAACCUUUCAAAAAGCCAAUAUUGAGUGCAGAUCCAUCGAUAUUAGUGCACCAGCUGCAGCCACAUGAUCAGUUUGUGAUAUUUGCGUCUGAUGGGCUCUGGGAGCACCUAAGCAAUCAAGAAGCUGUUGGCAUAGUUCAGAAUCAUCCACGAAGUGGAAUUGCAAAGAGGUUGGUAAAAACUGCUCUACAAGAGGCAGCAAAGAAGAGAGAAAUGAGGUAUUCUGACCUGAAGAAGAUAGACCGCGGCGUCCGUCGCCAUUUCCACGAUGACAUAACAGUAAUCGUGGUGUUUCUUAACUCAAACCUCGUGAGCAAGGCUACCUCCAUUAAGGCUCCUAAUCUAUCUGUUCGAGGCAGAGUAGUUACCUUGCCUCCUAGUACACUAGCUCCUGGUGCCAUGCCAACCGAAGUCGGCAGUACCUGAUGAUGCCGGAAAGUGACAAAAGGAAUAAGCCUUCGAUUCUUUAAUGUACACUUGUAACUUUUAACUAGAAACUAGUACAAUUUGCAUUUCGCAUCCGUGUCGAAACACUCAAAAGAGAACUAGAAAGGAAUACAAGGUGAUGAUGAGUAUAGUUUGAAUUUACCUGAGAAUAGUUCCCUUAAAAGUCUAUGUAAUAGUCUGUUUUUGUUCUUCAUCUGGUGCAUUUAUUAGUACACUGUUGAACAACUUGAAUGUCGGGCUCUCAAGCUUUCCAUCAAUGAUUAUGUAAAAGCCCUGGCUUGUUGUACGCACUGAUCAGUGAAGAACAACUUCAUGUUUCAUG